GGACAAGUGACACGAAAGUCUUUUAUAAUUGGUUGUAACCAAACAACACAUACGUUUAAAAUACCACAGAAUUUGAAAUUAUAGAACUAUGAAUGCACAAGUGAUAUUUACUGUACUUUAAAUACAAUAAAUCUAUUUGGAUAUUUGAAGAUAUCUGUAAAGUUGGUGGUUUGACUGUUUGCAGCAGUAUCGAUUGGUGACGUAUCAUAAGGUCGUCUUGACAGGAAGAGGUCAAAAUUGACCUAUUGUGUAGAAUGUUUUAUUUUGGUGGAGAGAAUUGGCUUUGGUGAUGUCGUUGCACUUCAUUCCCAUAGAAACUUAAAAUACUAAUUUUAUCAGCUUUCAGAAGAUUUGAGUCAUGGCAGCUCCACUGGGCGGAGCUGUAGAUCCAUGGAUUAUCCUUCCACAAGAAAGAGCUCGUUAUGAAGAACAGUUCCGAGCCUUGCAUCCUGUUAAUGGGAUUGUCACAGGCGAUCAGGCCAAAGGCUUCUUGCUUCAGUCACGACUUCAGCCACAAAUUCUGGGACACAUUUGGUCACUAGCAGACACAGAUGCUGAUGGGAAGAUGAAUAUUGAAGAGUUCAGUAUAGCAUGCAAGUUGAUCAACCUGAAACUACGGAACUUUGAGUUACCUAAGGUGCUACCUCCUAGUCUCUUGCAACAACCAAAACCAUUUGGUGGUGUAACCAAUAUGCUUCAGAGUACUCCACCUGCUGUUCCUCCCAUGCCUCAACCUCCUUUAGUACCAGGACCAGCGCUUGGAGUUGGUGUUCCACGUCCCAGUAUGGCACCUCCAAUUAUUCCUAUGACCACGCAGCAGCGUAAUGCCAUUCCACCAAUGACAGUUCCCCUCAGUGUGGCUCAGGUUGCACCUGUUGGUGUUCCUCCAGGCACAGUUGGAAUUGCCCCUCUUGGUGUAGGACCAACUGGAAUUCCGUCAGCUCCUUUAGGUAUGAUCCCGAGUACAGUUCCUGCACCAAUGGGCAUUACACCUGCUCUUCCGCCAGUCAGCAUGCCUGUAGGAAUAUCACAGCCUGUUUCCCACUCUCUUACUAAUGGUUCAGUUGCUUUGGGUCAAGGUACCGCACCUCCGCGGCCACCACCAGUUUCCACUGUGGUACCUCCUGUUUCUGCCGUAGAAAGGGUAGUGUCCCUUGAUUCUCCUUUGUCUUUGGGUUCUCCACUUCAAGAAUGGGCUGUUCCACACCAGUCAAAGUUAAAAUACACUCAGUUGUUCAACACAACAGAUCGGGCACGAUCUGGAUACCUUUCAGGGCCACAAGCUCGUAACAUCAUGGUACAGACACAGCUUCCACAACCAGUUCUAGCACAGAUUUGGGCAUUAGCAGACAUGGAUUCAGAUGGACGGCUGUCAUGUGAAGAAUUUGUCUUGGCAUUGCAUUUGUGUGAAAUGGCUAAAGCUGGUGAGAAGAUACCACCAACCCUACCAGCUGACCUUAUACCCCCAACAUUUCGCCGACAGCGACAGGGCAGUCUGACUGGAAGUGUUGCAGGAAUUCCUUCUGAACAGACUGAAGGGAAAGAUGCAGCUGCCAGCUUGCCAACAGUUACAUUUGAAGACAAGCGUAAAGAGAAUUUUGAGAAAGGCCAAGCAGAGUUGGAGAGGAGGCGUAAAGCACUAUUGGAGAUCCAACGUAAAGAACAAGAAGAGAGGGAGAGAAAAGAAAAGGAGGAACAGGAAAAGAGGGAGCGAAUUAGACAAGAACAAGAACGUCGCCGACAACUAGAAUUUGAGAAACAGCUGCAGCGGCAACGAGAAGUUGAACAAGAGAGAGAGGAGCAGAGACGAAGAGCUCAGGAACAGAGGGAAGCAGCGAGAAGAGAAAUGGAACGACAAAGGCAGUUAGAAUGGGAGAAACAACGAUGUCAAGAAUUGCAGCAACAGCGACAAAGGGAACAGGAAAAAGUGCUUCGAUUGAAGGCUAAGAACCAGAAUCUCAGUAUAGAACUAUCACAGCUGAAUGAAAAAGUAAAAGAGUUAUCACAGAAGAUUAGUGACACACGAGUGGGAGUGUCGGGCGUAAAGACGACCAUUGAUGGGAUGCGAACAACACGUGAUACUCAACUUUCAGAGAUGAAUGCCUUGAAGGCUCGAUUAAAGGAACAAAAUCAACGUUUGGUAGCUUUGAGCCAAGAAAAGUCACGACUUGAAGCUCGAAAUAAGAUGAAUAUAGCUGCUGAUACAGCGAAUCAAGAACAAGUCAAAUUAGCAUUUACCAAUAAACAAAUUACUCUUAAACAACUGCGAGAUAGGUUGCAGGACUUACAGAAAGAGAUUGAAGUGAAACUUGAUGAUAUAAAAAAUAAUAACAGCCAAUUGGGAGAUUUAAAACAGCAGUUAUCAUUACUUAUUCAAGAAUGUGAACAGUUAUAUUCAGUCUAUGAAGAACGAAGAAAUAAGGUGCUUGAAAUGAAAGGAGUGAGUGGAAGAAUGAAAGCUCCACUGGAUUUUACAUCAUCUUGGGAUGACACAGCCUGGGAUACUGCACCUGAGGCAUGGGACACAACAACUGCAGAUAACUGGACCAACUCCACAGAUGCUACAAUUGCUCCAGCUGCAAGCAAUAACUUACUGAAGUAUCGAGCUAUUUAUGAGUUUGUGGCACGAAAUUCUGAUGAGCUGUCAUUCCAGCCAGGUGAUGUCAUCAUGGUACCAGUCAACCAGAAUUCAGAACCAGGUUGGCUAGCUGGAGAGCUCAGAGGUCACACUGGGUGGUUUCCUGAAUCUUAUGUGGAACCAAUUGACAGUCCUUCUGCUGUCAUUGUAACAUCUGAAGGAGGCCAGGUUGACACGUCUUUAGCAUUCCCUCCAGACAUCAUGACAGAUUCACUGCAACCCAAACGUCAGCUUGAAGGUAUAGCUGAGGUUCCAGAGAAUACAAGUGACAAUGGCUCUGUAGCUGAGAUUGCAGGUGAACAGGGUCCUGAAAUAAAUGAGCUUCCAAGUCCUGUGCAGGGACAGGGUACACUGGUUGAGAACAUGCAGGCUCAGGCCUUGUAUAUGUGGAGAGCGAAGAAGAGCGGCCAUCUUUCAUUCAGCAAAGGCAGCAUAAUUACAGUGAAAGGUAUGGAAGGCUGGUUCCCCAAGUCCUAUGUCAGUGCCAUUGAAUUGGAUGCAGAUGUUCAGGCCUCUUCUGAUGAACAUGAGUACUAUGUAGCACUGUACCCAUAUCAAUCUAUGGAAGCUGGUGACCUCAGCUUUCAACAAGGGGAGGUAGUCAUUGUGGUGAAGAGGGAAGGAGAUUGGUGGACUGGUACUAUAGGAGACAGGCUGGGCAUCUUCCCAUCCAAUUAUGUCCAAAAGGCUCAGACUGAGCCUGCAGUAGCAGUACCGGCUAGUAACAUUGCACCCAUUUCUGAGCAGCCAGUUGAAGUAGCAACAGCAGCCCCCAUUUUUGCAGCAGCUCCUGUCCAGCAGGUGGCUCAGUCUGGAGACAAAUCCCCCAGCACUCCUGAACUUGCAGCAAUGACUGGAAGCAUCCAGCCUGAAGAUAUAGAGGAGGAUAGUGAUUCUAAGCAGAAAAUUCCUGGGAUCUUUCACUCACCCAAGGGCAAAGGCAAGAAGCCAGAGAUAGCAACUGCAAUCGCACCUUACCAGGCUACUAGUGCUGAACAGCUGGACUUGGAGCGUGGUCAGCUUAUCAUGAUUCGUAAGAAAACGAGUACGGGAUGGUGGGAGGGUGAGUUACAGGCGAAAGGCAAGAAACGUCAAGUGGGUUGGUUUCCUGCAUCUUACGUAAAACUGUUGGGAGCAGGCGGCAGUAACCGGAGCACACCAGUCUCACACAAACACCAAGAAGAACAAACGGUGCAACAACAGCAGAAACCUGUUCCCACAGAGACAAUUAUUGAGAAAGUUGUGGCUCUCUACCCAUACUUAGCUUUGAAUGAAGAUGAACUUAGCUUUGAGAAAGAUGAUGUGAUCAUACUGUUGGCCCGCGAGGAAGCAUCUUGGUGGCGAGGUGAACUGAAAGGUGUGUCUGGCCUGUUCCCCAGCAAUUACGUUGCACCCUUAUCAACUGUGCAGUUAAGUGGAAUGGAGAGGAAACAUCAGGAAGCUAUUUUGGAACUGAUAACCACUGAACAAGCGUACAUUGAUGACAUGAUAGCUGUCCAUGAUGUUUUUGAGAAGCCACUAGUGGAAUGCCAGAUUCUUAGUCCUCAGGAAGUACAGAAGAUAUUUGUCAACUGGAGGGAGAUUAUUGACUGUAAUUACAUGUUCCUCAGGGCUCUUCAAGUGAGGAGGGAUAUGAGUGAAGGUCGUGUCAUUCGCAUGAUAGGUGAUAUUUUAUGUGAAAAUUUGCCAUGCAUGACAGCAUAUAUCCGUUUCUGCAGUCGGCAGCUCAGUGCAGCUAAGUUUCUUCAGCAAUUAACAGAAGAGUCGGCAGAUUUCCGUAGGAUAGUGAAGAAGUGCCAGAGUGAUCCCCGCACUAAUGGCAUGCCCCUCAGUAGCUAUCUCAUCAAGCCUAUGCAGCGUAUAACCAAGUAUCCACUGCUUAUUAAAAAAAUUCUGGACUACACACCAGAUGAUCAUCCUGACAGGCAAAACUUACAAGAAGCCCUUGCUAAAGCUGAAGAAUUUUGCACGCAGGUAAAUGAAGGUGUGCGGGAAAAGGAAAACUCAGAUCGCUUAGAAUGGCUUCAACGGUGUGUGCAGUGUGAAGGUUUGUAUGAAGAACUGGUGUUCAAUUCCAUGACAAACUCUCUUGGUCCACGUAAAUUUCUUCACUUCGGUGUUCUUUAUAAGGCUAAAAGUGGCAAAGAAUUAGUUGGUUUUUUAAUGAAUGAUUUCCUACUACUGGCUAAGCCUCCUAAACCUUUGGGAAACUCUUUCUCAUUUGAGAAGUAUGCUAAUACAACAUUUAAACUGUAUAAGAAGCCAAUUUUCCUGAAUGAACUUACUGUACCUGAGGACAAUGGGCAGUCAAAAGUUACAUCAGGCCACAGUGAAGGAAGUGGCUGUGAAUCACCAGAGCUGUUACGACAGUUGCAGCUCCAAGACAUCCUAAACAAGACAUGUUAUAACAUGCUUGCCCCUAGUGUUAAAGAACGAAACCUCUGGUACAAAUACCUGGGACAGGCCUGCAAAGAAUUUCUUGAGAAUGAGAAAUGUCACUUACAGAGACAACAGUCAAAGCAGGCCCAGUUUGGGGCAUGUGGCAGGAUACUGGUUGUCGUGAUGGAAGGGGUCCGGCUGAAACCCCGCUCAGCCAGUGGCAAAUGUGGUGUAUUCUGUGAAGUGACUAUGGGAGUCCAAAAACAUCGAACAAAGGUCGUGUCAGCAACAUCUGAAGCUCAGUGGAAUGCUACAAUGCAGUUUCUUAUUAAAGACCUACAGGAAGAUGUUCUUUGCCUCACUGUAUUUGAUCGUGGACAUUUUUCUCCCAAUGAGUUCUUGGGUCGAACAGAAGUACGUAUAGCAGAUAUAUUGAUGGCAACACAGAAGUGUAGUGGACCAAUCAUUAAAAAACUCCCUCUUCACCUUGUUGAGACUGGUGAAAUAGUCCUGAAGCUGGACCUGAGGUUAUUCAACAAGAUUAUGUGAACUGUGAUAGAAACCAAUAUCAUCACACCAUCUUUAUUUUGAAAUAAGUGAAUGCAAGACAUACACUGUCUAUAUGAGCAGUUAUUCCCAAUAUUUUCCGUAUAGUACAAUAAAUUUGCAGCAUGGUGCAAAGCAUUUGUAAAACCAGUAUUUUCUGUAAUGCAAGAAAAUACAACUGCACCAUCUACCAUGCAUUUGGUGCAAGAAGUGUAAACAAGUUAAUACAUUUUGUUAGUAAAGUAUGUAAACUAUUUUGCUGUUAUAACAAUUUCUAUAUAUUGUUGUUAGGAACGUUUUGUAAAAGUAUGUAAGAACUCUGCAUUGAAUUUUUCCAUUCCAUUAUUUAUAUUAUAAUAGUUUUCAAAUCAUGAUGUUUAUUUGUAUGUAUGGUAGGAUUGUUAAAACUUCCACCUUGUACAAUCAAAUGUUUGUUUAUUAUAAAGACUUUUAUAAUGGGUUCACAUAAUGUUUCUGUGUAUUAGGAAAUACAGUACACACUAUAUUGUUAA